AUCAUAAACCCACCAGACCAAAUUCCCAGAGAUCAAGAAGUCCUUUAAUUAAUGAUAUGCCUAAUAACUCUGCUAUGGAGCCGAGAUUUCCCAGCCCCGGCUUAAACUUCACACCAGGUGGCACGUCCGGGCCCAACUCCCAGAAUAUACCCAACAGUUUUUAAAAAUCAAAAUUCAAGCAUAGAGCAGCGACAAAACCUGCAACAAAUGCCGCCACAAUUUUGUCGACGUAACGAUAAUAUGCCUUUAAAUCCUAAUAGUAAUCGAAGUAAUCAAACUAAAAUGUCAAAUUCGUUUGAUCCCAUAUCAUCUCUGGCCCAAAUGUCACAGCAACUAACGGGAGGCGGUGUUGGUCUCAGUUCUGGAGGAGUGGGAAAUUCACCGAAUAAUAUGUCCGGCUUAAUGGGUGGUCCGGGUGGUGUUAACGAUAUAAAUAUGAAUGGCCUAAUGGGAGGCCCAAUGAUGGGUGGCCCAGUUGAUCCAAACAUGGACCAUUGUAAUCAAAAUCCCAAUGGCGGUGGUGGGAAUAUGGGCAUGUCCGGCCUUGGAGGUGGACCCGGAUCCGUACCUGGGCCUUUUGGUCCAGGUAAUUGCAAUAUGAUGGGUGGCAAUCCUGGACCGAUUUGCCAGCGAUUGCUAAACCCAAAAAUGUGUGGACCUAAUUUGUCGGGCGGUUUUAAUCCAAAUCAAGUUGGAGGUAUGGGUAUGAGGGAUGUGCCUUCAGGCUUCCCUGGCAUGAUGCCUUCGCACCGAAUGAUGAAUCACCGUAUGUCAGCAAAUUUUGGAAAUUUUAAUGUUUCUCCUAACAUACAGGUUAAAGCAAGUACCCCCAAUACCAUACAGUAUAUGCCAGUAAGGCCCCAAAACAAUAAUAAUAACAAUAAUAUGCGAGUACCUCCUAGUCUGGAAUUUCUUCAACGUUAUGCUAACCCCCAAAUGAUGGGAAAUUCAGGAGGUGGUGGUGGUGGAGGACCUGGAGUUGGUCCUGGCUCAUCACCUUCCGAUAUGCCUGCCAUGAAUGGUCCAAGUGAUUUAAAUAAAAUGCCAAAUACAAAUAAUAAUAUGGGAGUAAAUGCCAUGAAUCAGAUGAAUUUUUUUGGAAAUUGUAAUCAAAUGUCAGGUAUGGGUGGCAUGGGUCAACCUGUAGGUGGUGGGGGCGAUCAAGAUGAAUUGCAAGGAGGAGGUGGAAUGAUGGCUAAUCAUGAUCCUAUGAAUUUACCAGGUCCUCAUGCACCAAUGCUUAGGGGCAUGAGGCCUAUGCGUCAGGGUGGAUUGCAGUCAGGCGUUGGAAUGAAUUCUGGAUCACGCAUGCAACAUCCUGGCAUGGGCAAUAUUCCCCCUAAUGGUAUAGGCAACAAUCCAUUUCCUGGCGCCGACAACGAAUCGUUAGACUGUAAUGAUCCUUCUAAUGGUAUGUUCAACAAUGCUGCAGCUGCUGGCCUAUAUCAACAGAAGAAUAAUAAACCCCCAACCAUGGGAAUGUCGCACGGUCCACCCAACCUUAACCCAAACAAUGGUAACAACGGUCCCUUACCAAACAGCAACGUUAUAAAUGAUCAAAACCCUGCUUCCAACCCCAUGCAAAAUUCUGUUAUGAUGGGACCUAACAAUUCCAUGUUGAACAGCAAUAUACCCAACAGUAACAACGGUCCUGGUGGACCUCUUUCGGGAUCUGGAAAUAUGGGAUAUAAGCCAUUUGUUGGUCCAACAUCUAAUGACUUGAAAUAUGCUCAACAAUAUCAUAGUUUCCAGCAGCAACUGUAUGCUACUUCUACACGAAAUCAACAGCCGGGAGGUGGUCAACAGCAACCCCCAAAUGCAAUGUCACCCAAUAGUAAUCCAAACGCCGGAUUUUUUGUUAAUAAAUAAAUUUGCUCUAAGCCCUUAAAACCAUGUUAAUAUUAGCAUUUAAAAAAAAAAUAAAACAAUUGUUUUGAACAAUUAAUAUGAAUUCAA